AUGCUAAUGAUACGCCCUGCUGUGAGGAGCAGUUAUUUACCAACAAGGAGUACUCUUUAUAGUCUAGGUCAAACUAGAUUAUUCUCUCAAAGUAGAUCAAUCCUCCAAGAGAGUAAAAAAGUUGAAGACGCACCAAAGAAGAAGGUAGCAAAGAAAAAUGAAUCUUCAAAUAAUUUCAAUCCAAGAUAUUUAGGUGUUACAGCGAACAUGUAUAUUCCAACAAGUUAUAAGAACUUACCAAAUGUUUUUAUGAAUCCCUUUGCUGUCUUCAAUUCUUUAAUUAGACGUUGUUAUAUAUUUGGUUUUAAUACUUUUAAAGUUGCCCUAUUCCGAUUUCAAACUGGGACAACUCCGAAGUUCCUAUUAUGGAAGAAUAAAGCCAUUGAGUUAUAUAUUCAAGUGAAUAAGGCAUUUGCCAAUAAGAAUGUCAAAACAGUGACUCCAGGAGUGUCAUUGUGGGUUGAGGAAGCGUUAAUUAAUAGGAUUUCAAGACUUCCUAAGAAUUUAAAUCUAGAUUGGCAAAUUUUGAAAUUUAACAAUGUUCCAAAAUUGAUAUCGAUUGAACCUAUCAUGAUGCCUGGUAAGCCCUUAGAGAAUAUUCAACUUGUCUAUCGAUUUGACACUCAGCAGGAAUUGAUCAAAUUUGAUCAAAAUACUCAAAGGACAGAAAAACAAGUAAGAGAUAUUGUUGAUUAUAUGGUUUUCUUAUGUGAUGCCACCACUGAUCAAAUGAUUCUGAUAGGUUCUGUAUUUGAAAGUAAACAAAAUGAUAAACUACCAAAGAGUAGCGAUGUCGAUAGGAAACAAGUUGCUAAGAAUAUGAGACUAAACGGUGAUAUAUUCAGAUUACCACCAAACUGA